UGCGCCGAUGUGCAGCGUUGAGAAGAGAUCUCAAGGAACGCCCCAACUCGCGCCCCAGGCCAAGCAGCUGUCCAUACUCGCCAAUGAACUGAAGGAAACAUUGUUAUGUAUCAAGUUAGCGAGCAAAGGGCAGCACGCCCACCGAGACAGCCUCGUGAAAUCCGGAACCCGCAAGUCUAUUGUGGAAUACGAGCACCUGGAAUCUGUGCUCAGAGACGAAAAAGCCCAGCAAACGGAACUAGACUGCCUUAACUACCUCGCGCAGAAACAGCUCGUGGAAUUACUGAAGAAAGUGCCCACCGAAGCUGAUGAACUAGCAAUGAUAGAGAACGCUGGCAACAGACUUCGUCGUAUGGAGAACCGGCUAGAUUUGGCAAGCAAGAGAUUCUGCCUUGUCAACUCGGACAACAAGAGAGUCAGGGAGGAGAUCCAUCGAUUAUUAGUUGAAAGAAAUGACUUCAACAUUCAAUGGAACCGCACCAUCGGGAAGCUGAUGAAGGGCAAAGAAUACCUGAUGGACAUAUUCGAGAUCGCCGCCGUGGCUUUUGGCGACCGAGAUGAGUGCUGCAGAAAAGUUGAGGCAUUGAAAUGGAAGGGACUAUUCCAAUUGAAUAGAGAUAUAUCGGAAAUGCAAUUCUACGAAGGCGAACUGAACCAUCUGGCCAAAUUGGAAGAGUUUUUAAGGGUAAAAGGUUCUAGAAGAAUUUGCGAAGCCGAUGAGAAAGAGGAAAUCAAGAGACAGGAGGAAAUUCAACGUUGCGAGCAAGAGAUCGCGAGGCAUGAUGCUUUACUUGAAGAGAUAUUUGAUUACUCCGGUUCAGAUAGAGCCGUGACUAUCAUAAGUCAUUUCAACAUCAAGGAAAUUGAAAAUUUCUCGUGUUUCGUGCUCCUGUGCGAGAUUCUGCAGGAGUCUAUCAUCAUUAGACGAGAUCUGGAGAGGCUUAGACAAACUAUACUGGACCAACGUGAUAUAAACGAGGCCCGUGAAGAGAAACAAGAUAAACGCAUCGCCGAGAUGACACGAGAGCUGCAGCAACAGAGAGACAGAACUCAGAAUGCUGUGGAGCUAACAAACGUGGCUGACACAACUAUUAUGAAAGUACUUAAAGGAAUAGAUGACUUGGUCAGAUUAGCAAAAUGCGAUUGCACGCCAUUAUUGUCGUUGCUUGGCAACCACAAGGAAGUGACGAAAUGGAAUGUUUCUAAAUUCUUGCGUAUCCUUGAGGCUGAGGUCAAGAGUCUCAUUGAAGUUGUAUAUGGAGCCGUCAAGCCACCAGCACCAACACCGAAAGCUAAAAAGGGUCCAGCACCUGCAGCGACCAAAUUAGUUGCAGAUCCAUAUGUGGAACCACUAAGACCGAAUAAAAUUGAAAAACUUGUGCCUUACCAGCCAUGUGCUUAUUGCGUUGAAGAUUACAUCAUGAACUUAGUAUUCGAGACUCCGGCUAUUCCUGCUGAUAAGGAAUAUGUCGAAGGCAUUUUCCACCUUGAAGAUGUGAAUACGAAAUUUGGCAUUUAUACGCUUACUAUUCCAACAAAACGUCACCCAUAUCGAGGACCCAAGAAAGAUUAAUUCAUUUUACUAAAUUAAUAAUAUAGUGCUG